GUAUGCAGGGGCUGUUUUCUGGCUAGGAUGAUGCCCUACCAUCACCAAAAGCAUCAGGCUCCAGCAAGGCUCAGGACAGGUGUGCAGAAAUGGGGAAGGCUGCAUAUGCCCUCAGCAAUGGGCUACAGGCCUGCGGUGCCCAGGAGUGGUGCUCUCCCGUCCCAGCACAAGAGAAAGGGGAGAGUAGUGGCCCAUGAGGGUAGAAAACAUCCUCCGACUCUUUGCCAAGAUUUUAAAAUCAACGUAAAAGAGGGUGACUUGAUUUUUCAGCACCAGUGAGCUGCCACUAGCUCCUGGGGACCACAGUGGGGAGCAGCAAAGGGCUCAACAUCUUGGAAAAUCAAGCCACUUAUUUUUAGACACCUAUUUUUAAUACCCUUGACCCCUGUGUAAUGCUUUGCAGGCUCUGGCUUCUGAUCAGACCACUUUUGCUGGACAAGAAAUAUCAAGUGGAGGUGGGGAAUGCACUCUUAUUUUCUCUUACAUUCAUUUAUCUGGCUGAGAUUUGUCUGUCUUUGAUUAACAGCUAGAAAUGCCUGCAGGUCUAGAAAGAGGGUUAUGGGUGCUAGACAUGGGUCAGUAUAAUGGGAAAGACAACUUCCCAGGCGGGACAGAGUGGAUGGGGGAAAUAAUGAAUUGUCAACUGUUGUCUCUAAUCGCAGGCUAUGUCUAGACUGCAGAGUUUUCGUCCAGAGAACGCAUCCACUUUUUCAGAACAGUUUCUGAAAAAGCCGGCACGUUCUUUUGGCAUCCCCGUAUUCCUCGUUUUAUGAGGAAUAAGGGAUCUUCAGAAAGAGGAGGUUUUUUCCCUGACAGCUGGCCCCAUGUAGAUGGGCAGAAGUGGAAAAAUUUACGCAAAUUGCUGUUUGAAAGCCACAGUGUAGAUAUAGCUGCAAUGGGGGAUUAGCAGGAGACUCAUUUGACAACCAUGUAUGACAGAGUUAGUGACUGGGCAGACAACAGGCCGAAUCCAGACUGCCCAAUGCUUUUGAACAGACCUCAGAAUCUUACUGACUUACAAUUGCUUUUUGUUUUCUCUGGAGUCUGGACCUUGACUCUACCUUGACCAGAAAUGUGGAUGUUGACAAAAUGAAAUAGACUACCCUGGUAUACAAGUUGAGGGACAGAUGCAGAGUUGUGGAGAGGAGGGAGCUGUAGGGGAGGGUGGACGGACAGAUGGAAUGGGGGACUGAUUCUGGGCCAGGCAGCUUGACACAGCAUGGAAGAGAGACAUGGUAAGAAAUGAAAAAUCCGCCUUUGUUGACCUUUAGCGCAGACACAUUCGUGCUCUCCCCAGGCCAUGGAGGCAGAAAGGGUGGGGGUGGGGAGAGGCACGUGAGUGGCUAAUGCUCUCAAGAGCUGGAAUGUGCGAGCUAAACAAGGGAUUUUUCUGGCUUGGCCGUGGUGCAAACAGCCCUAUAUGAUCCCUUCAGCUCAGCUGCUGUCAACAUCUAGGACGGCUGGCUGGUGUUAUGGCUUCAGCUGAGCAAAACCCUGUGACCCUCCACCACCACAAACUCUACAACCGCACCAUCCUCCUGGCCAGGAAGAUCCACGGUGACGUGGCCAGCCUCCUGGAGUCCUACGUGGAGAAGCAGGGGCUGGACAGGACCAUCUGCCUGGACUCGGUGGACGGUGUGCCGAGUGCUGCCACGCAGCCAGAGGGCGAGAUGACAGCAGCGGAGCGGCUGGGUGCCGGCCUGCAGGCCUACCGGGCAUUCCAGGCGCUGCUGGGCGAGGUCCUGGAGGAACAGAGGACUCACCUGACCCCCCUGGACACAGACUUCCACGCUUCCAUCCACUCCGUCCUGCUGCAGGUGCAGGCCCUGGCCCGCCAGCUGGAGGAGCUGCUGGGGUGCGACAGGUUGGCCUGGGAGGCGGCCGGCCCGCCGGCCCUGGGUGGUCUCAGCUUGUUCCAGAUGAAGCUGCGGGGGCUGAAGGUGCUGCAGGAGCUGGCCCACUGGGCGGUGCGGACCGUGCGGGACCUGCACCAGGUGGCCACGCACAGCCCAGGGUCUGGCCCUGCCCGUGGGUGCCAGGUCCAGGCAGAAUGAAGAACCUGCCCUGAGGCAGAUGGGGCCUUCCCCUUCCCUUUACAAAGCCCAGGAGUGGGGUGGGGGGCUGUGCCCUUGGCUCUGGCACAGAUGGGGAGUCUGGGCAGGAUACCCCAGACACGGCAGCCAGGGGCUGUAGGAGGAACCUAUUCCCAGCCACCCCUGUUGGCUCUGUCAGGGGAGGGGCAGGCACAAGCAGGCACUGCCCAAGAUAGGGCUAGGGGGGACUCAAACCUCUGAGCUCCCUGCCCCCUCCCCUUUCCUUUGGCUCGGAAGAUGGGGAGGGUCAGCAAAGUGUUCAGAGAAGUGGGGGGAGGGGAGACGGGAGGUGCUCCCCGUCUGGCAGCCUGGGAGGCCAUGGCCCCGUUUGCUUGCCGUUGGGAGGGGGCAAGCUGCAGUUGAGCUGUGGAGCAGCUUCUGGGGAGGAGAGGCCCAGAUGCUACAGUGAGGGGCAGCAGGCUAAACCCCAGGGGUGGAUGCUGCCAGGGUGUGAAGGUCAAGUGAGCGGCAGAUCCAUGCUGCAGGGCAGGUGGCUGGAGGAGCUGCCCCUUGCGAACCAUCUGGCUAGGACCUUACGCCCUUUCCCCACCCGAUCCCCAUCGCCCAGGUGCUGAGCCCAAGGCCUGGCAGUGGGACCGGCCCCAUGAGACGCUUGCAUCAGUCACAGGAGAAUGGAGAUCCCCCUGGUCCCAGCUGUGAG